AUGAUGAGAAUUACUCUGUAUAUUCCAUGGCAAUUAUAUAAAAAAAGAGUCUGUAUCUUUAGGCCUCAAUUAUAUAUCGAGAACUCCUUUCUUGACCAACUCUCACCACAUCUUAGUGAUAAUGGUAUUGACGACCUAUCCUUAGGUCAUCAUACAACAAAUAAGAACAAAACAGAGUCUGUGGCGCCAGUCUCAGUUAUGGAUGAAGAAAGUGAUAGCAGAUCGCACAGUGAAACGACGUUCACAAAUAGACCAAGUGCUGGUAUGGUUGGGAAGCAGGACCGUACUAUUAUAGUCACAUCAAUUCAUACAAUCACGAACCAUUUCCGCUCCAUCAAUGACAUUGCGUGGUAUGAGAUCAAGCUAACAUGUGCAGGGAGUGCAUAUAUGCUCACAGGGUGUGUGCUGCAACUGCCUUUGGUUUUGCUGUACAAUUUCUUCACUGCUGGUCCCAGGGAUGGUGCCUCAUGCUUAGCUAUGUUGAAAAUGAGCAUAUUCACCCAGCACACCAUGUUCGCCAGCUUUUUUUAUUCUUUCUGCGUCGGGGCCUCAAUGAUGACAAUCGCCUAUUAUCUCCCGAUCUGGUAUCAAGCAAUCAAGGGAGCCAGUGCUGUCAAAUCAGGGGUGAUGAAUAUUCCUCUACUACUAUCACUUACAUAUUCAUUAAUCAUGACAAUUGGGACAGGGCUGCUUAGCACCUUCGAUAUGAACACCGGGCCUGCCAAAUGGGUUGGAUAUCAGGUUCUAUAUCGACUCGGCCUGGGGCUCGGCUGUGAUACAAAAUAUGAUACUCCUCAGGCCAUCCCGUUCCUUUUAUUUGGCCAACAGCUGGGCGGCACAGUAGUACUACGCAUAGGAGGGGAUAUACUCACCGCUUAUUUAGCAAGGGAUAUUCGGACCUCCCUGCCGGAGGUUAAUCUCGACCGGAUUUCUAACUCAGGGACCUCAGAUUUGCGCGACGUUGCAUCUGGAUUAGAUAUGGUAAAGCUACUUCAAGCGUAUAAUGAGGCGCUUAGGUAUGUAUUCUAUCUUGUAGUGGCUGUUUCAGGGCUCUCGUUAGCUGGUGCGUCGCUGGUCGAAUGGAAGAAUUUGAUCAAGGUUGAAAAAGAGCACAAAGCUGGGAAAGUUAGGCUGUCUGGUAUUGUGAAGGAUCAGCUGCCCAAAGCGCAUUCCCUCCCACACACAAAUCUGCUCGAAGUUUGCUUUGUAUCAAUGCCUUGGUCCAUUCUGGCUUCUUUUGAAUCUAGCAAAUUUAAUAACGAUCCUCCGCUCAACGUCUGUUUGUUCUGUAGAGGCCGUAGCUAG